AUGAAAUGUCAUAGAACUUUUAGCAGCAGUGACAGUUCUGAUGAGACUCCUUCCACUUCCCUUACUGGCUCAGUAUAUAGGAACAAGUCAAAAAUCCCAAAUGAACAUAAGAAUUCUACUGAGGUAUUCCAGAAUGACCUCAUGACACUUUUAGAUUUUCACCACAUUAAUCCUAUUACCUCUUUAAGGAUAUAUGGGAAUAAGAAUGGGAAAAGGGAGUCCAGGUACAAGCCAAAACAGGCACUCUUCCACAGCCUUCCCUCAGAAUUGUAA